AUGGCUGAUGAAGAAGUUGGCCGACCGUACGUGAUUCUUUACACUUCCAUGGGUGAAAUAACCAUCGAGUUGUAUUGGGACCAUGCGCCCAAGACCUGUAAGAACUUCUGGGAAUUGGCUAAACGUGGUCGUUACAACAAUGUCAUAUUUCAUAGAAUUAUUCCAGAUUUUGUAAUUCAAGGAGGUGAUCCCACUGGCACAGGAAGAGGUGGAACGUCUAUCUAUGGGGACAAAUUCGAAGAUGAAAUUCACCCUGAUUUGAAGCACACGGGAGCAGGAAUUUUGAGUAUGGCAAACUCAGGACCUAAUACCAACGGCACACCUACUCCAUGGCUAGAUGCCAAGCACGCAAUAUUCGGCCGCGUUUCCAAGGGCAUGAAGAUUGUAAGGCGUAUGGGUUUGGUUGCAACGGAUUCUAAUGAUCGACCAAAAGAUAAUGUAAAGAUCAUUCGAGCUGCUGCAUUCGAAGAAUGA